ACUCCUCACUACUACCACCACCUAGUACUACUACUACGACUUUCCGCAUUCCACCACAUUCCGACUCGCGGCGAAGCCCCGGCUCUCACUGCUCUUCUCCCCUGAUUCAUAUCUGUCGUCCGCGCCUCAUCCAAGCUUUCCUUGGUGCUGCUCCAGCUUCCUCGACAUUUGGACAUCCGCGAAAGUACGACAGCAAGACUCCAUCAUGGUGGGGAACAAACAGGUGUUAUACAAGUUGGUGGUGCUCGGUGACGGAGGCGUGGGGAAGACUGCCUUGACCAUCCAGCUCUGCUUGGAGCACUUCGUCGAAACCUAUGAUCCCACUAUCGAGGACUCCUACAGGAAACAGGUCGUCAUUGACGGCCAGGCAUGCAUGCUAGAGGUUCUGGACACAGCAGGACAGGAAGAGUACACGGCACUACGAGACCAGUGGAUCCGAGAUGGCGAGGGCUUCGUGCUAGUAUACAGCAUCUCAUCACGCUCCUCCUUCUCGCGCAUCAAGAAGUUCCACCACCAGAUUCAAAGAGUCAAGGAGUCAACCUCGUCGCCGUCAGCGUAUCCAGGAGCAUCACCUCUCGCCGCUACCAACCCGUCCGCGCCCGUGCCGAUCAUGCUAGUGGGCAACAAGAGCGACCGCGUAACGGAGCGCGAAGUCUCUACACAAGAAGGACACGCUUUGGCGCGAGAGCUUGGCUGCGAGUUCACCGAAGCGUCGGCAAAGACACGCACAAAUGUUGAAAAGGCCUUUUACGACGUCGUCAAGCAGCUGCGAAAACAGCGACAGCAAGGACAAUCAGCACCGCGCAUGCUACCGCCAUCAGGGAACAGCAAGAGCGAAAAGUACAGUGGGACAGAAAAGCCCAAGCGUCCCCGUGGAAAGUGUUUGAUUAUAUGAGCGCUUUCGCAAUGGGUGUUGGGUCUUUUGCCAGGUACUGAUGAAACAAUGUCGCACUUCCUGCCUUGCUUCCCCUUCCGGGGCCCCAGAGGGGCGGCCGCGGCCCACACAGAGCCAGACCCCGUUUUUCCCUCCCCCAGUUCUUGGCGCAAAAUGCGUCGGGCGAUGCGCGAAUAUCCCCGACCCGGG